CACCUUUGUGUAUCAUUGCAGUCAGAAAAAUGAAUCCUAAAGCCAUAAUUUUCCCACUUUUCAUAGCAAUAACUGCUGCUUUUGUAUCAACAAAUUUCACGUACUUCAACUGCAUUCUUAAUGUUAAUCGACGCCAUCACGAUCAUCACCAUCACUCCGAUGGUGAUAAGGCAAAAAUAUCAAUAUGUGACAAAUUUUCGCCGAAUUUUCCCACUAUAGACACUAAUACAACGUCCAUUCUAUGCGUUGAUCAUAAUGGCUGUUGUAAUUUCACUACAGUGCAAGCUGCAGUUGAUGCAGUUGGAAAUUUUAGUGCGAAAAGAAGCUUAAUAUGGAUAAACAAUGGCAUUUAUUUUGAAAAAGUAAUUAUUCCAAAAACAAAACCUAACAUCACAUUUCAAGGGCAAGGGUAUACCACAACAGCUAUUGUAUGGAAUGACACAGCCAAUUCUGCAAAUGGCACAUUUUACAGUGGAUCUGUCCAAAUUUUCUCUACCAACUUUAUUGCCAAGAAUAUAAGUUUCAUGAAUGUAGCUCCAAUGCCGGGGCCAGGGGCAGUAGGAGCGCAAGCAGUGGCAAUUAGGAUAGCAGGAGAUGAAGCUGCUUUCUGGGGUUGUGGAUUUUUCGGAGCUCAGGAUACUCUUCAUGAUGAUAGGGGUCGCCAUUAUUUCAAAGAUUGUUAUAUUCAGGGUUCUAUCGACUUUAUUUUUGGCAAUGGCAAAUCAUUGUACGAGAACUGCCAGUUGAUAUCAAUAGCAAGUCCAGUAGCAGCAGGAGUGAAGUCGAUCAAUGGCGCUGUGACAGCACACGGCAGAGCAACCAAAGACGAAAACAGCGGCUUUGCAUUCGUGAACUGCACUUUGGGAGGAACUGGUAGGAUUUGGUUGGGGCGUGCAUGGAGGCCUUACUCCACUGUCGUCUUUGCUAACACUUACAUGACUGAUAUCGUCGCUCCUGAGGGCUGGAAUGACUUUAACGACCCUUCAAGAGAUCAGUUAAGUCGUUUCAUUUCAUCUAUAAGUUCAAACUAUGAUAAUAAAAAAAAAAUAUGAUAAACUCAGUGUUGGAACUUUUCCCAUUAAAGUGAGUUACAGCCCAGUUCCUCGUCCAUCCCAUUAAUUGCCUGGAUAUCCCCUACCAAUGUAACAUUUUGUGCCAUAUAUCACAGCUGCAACUUCAAAUUUGAGAAACAAAUAUAAGCAAUACUCUCCUCAAGUUACACAGAGGGCAUAGUUGAUUUGAUAUUAUACCCCAUUUUGCCAACCUAUCCUUGCGUAUAUAUAGUGUCUCAUGAGCAACCAAUCUGAGGAUGAAUAUCCACUUAGGCGCACCAUAAUUGUUACAAACUAAUCUUCUCCAACAUACCUUCACUACAGGAAAUAAUAGAUAGCACCACUUUUGGUGGCAACUAAAGAGGUCACCAUUGAACAUCGUCACUGAAACCUUAUUUCCUAUAUGCUCUAACAAUAACAAAUGUUAAAGUUAGUCGUUGAA